GGGGUUCAAGGGCCUGCAAAUGCAUCUUUCCUCUACCUUCGCCAUAACAGCCAACUGUACAUUAAUCCGCGUAAGAGCUCUUCUGCCAUUGUCGUUGUCUCAUACCUUCUUCAUACGCGUAUCAACCAUGUCUCACCGUCCUAACUUCCAAGGUGGCCGCCGCGGCGGCAGCGGUGGAGGACGAAACUUUGGUGGCCGUGGUUCCCGUGGAGGAGGUCGCGGCGGCGGAGCUCGUGGAGGUGGAGGGGGCGGCGAGCAGCGAUGGUGGGACCCUGUUUGGAGGGCCGAGCGUCUAAGGCAGCAAGCUGCUGAGCUGGAGAUUUUUGAUGAAAAGGAUUGGUGGGAAAAGGUAGAGAAUUUCAAAAGAGGUGGAGAGCAAGAGAUGGUAAUUAAGCGAAACUACAGUCGGGGUGACCAGGAAACACUCGGUGAUAUGGCUUACCAGUUAGGGCUUUACUUCCAUGCAUAUAACAAAGGUAAGGCCCUUGUUUUGAGCAAAGUUCCACUGCCAAAUUACCGAGCUGAUCUUGACGAUCGUCAUGGAUCCACACAGAAAGAGAUAUGCAUGUCUACUGAAACUGAGAGAAGAGUGGGGAAUCUAUUGCAUAGUUCAAGGACAUUACCUGAGGAAAAUUCUCCUAGUGCAUCCUCUCAAAGUAUAAAAAAACCAGUGCAGGAUGAUAUUGUUUCGAAAGCUUGUCAUGUCUCAAAAAUGGACUCAUCUAAGAAGGAACUGAGUAUUGAACUCAAAGACAGACAGGAGAAAAUAAAGGCUUCUGCAAGUGUGAAGGCUAUGCAAGUGUUCACUGAGAAGCUUCCUGCAUUCAAAAUGAAGUCUGAGUUUUUGAGAGCUGUCUCAGAGAAUCAGGUGUUAGUUGUUUCUGGAGAAACAGGUUGCGGGAAAACAACUCAACUUCCUCAAUUCAUUCUAGAGGAGGAGAUUUCUUCUCUGCGUGGUGCGGAUUGCAGCAUAAUGUGUACGCAGCCUCGCCGAAUAUCUGCAAUAUCUGUUGCAGCUCGUAUAUCAGCUGAAAGAGGAGAGAGUCUUGGUGAGACUGUUGGCUACCAGAUACGUUUGGAAUCAAAACGUUCAGCUCAAACACGGUUGCUAUUUUGCACCACUGGUGUCUUACUUAGGCAAUUGGUUCAAGACCCCAAUUUAACUGGAGUAACUCACUUGUUGGUGGACGAAAUCCAUGAGAGAGGCAUGAAUGAAGACUUUCUCUUGAUAAUCUUGCACGACCUUCUUCCCCGCAGACCAGAUCUUCGACUUAUUCUCAUGAGUGCCACAAUUAAUUCUGAGUUGUUCUCUAAAUACUUUGGAAAUGUCCCAACUAUUCACAUCCCUGGUCUGACAUUCCCGGUAUCUGAGUUCCAUCUGGAAGAUAUAUUGGAGAAAAGUCGUUACCAUAUAAAAUCAGAACUAGAUAACUUCCAGGGAAGUUCAAGGAGGAGGAGACAACAAGAAUCUAAGCGGGACGCUCUAACUGAAUUGUUUGAGGAUAUUGAUAUUAAUUCUCAUUACAAAGGCUACAGCGCUGCUACAAGACAAUCUCUUGAAGCUUGGUCUGGAUCUAUGCUUGAUCUUGGACUUGUGGAAUCAACAAUAGAAUAUAUAAGCCGUCAUCUAGGUGAUGGAGCAAUUCUUGUAUUCCUUACUGGCUGGGAUGAAAUUUCUAAGCUGCUUGAUAAGAUUAAGUCAAAUAGUUUCCUUGGAGAUUCAAGCAGAUUUUUGGUCAUUCCUCUUCAUGGCUCAAUGCCUACGGUCAACCAACGUGAAAUAUUUGAUCGUCCGCCUACCAAUAUGAGAAAAAUUAUUCUGGCAACAAAUAUUGCUGAAAGCAGUAUAACUAUAGACGAUGUUGUAUAUGUUAUAGACUGUGGAAAGUCUAAGGAGACUAGCUAUGAUGCUCUAAAUAAGCUGGCUUGUUUAUUACCAUCCUGGAUUUCAAAAGCUUCCGCGCAUCAGAGACGUGGUCGUGCAGGUCGCGUGCAACCUGGAGUUUGCUAUAGAUUGUACCCAAAAGUUAUCCAUGAUGCAAUGCUUGAGUAUCAGCUUCCUGAAAUUCUUCGAACUCCUUUGCAAGAGCUAUGCCUGCAUAUCAAGAGCUUGCAGCUUGGGGCGAUAGCUUCAUUUUUAUCAAAGGCGCUUCAGCCUCCAGAUUCUCUCUCUGUUCAAAAUGCUAUUGAGCUCCUCAAAACCAUUGGGGCUUUAGAUGAUAAUGAAGACCUCACUCCUCUUGGUCGUCACCUCUGCACUCUUCCAUUGGACCCAAAUAUUGGAAAGAUGCUCUUAAUGGGUUCAAUUUUCCAGUGCCUUAAUCCUGCAUUAACUAUUGCUUCUGCUCUUGCACAUCGUGACCCAUUUGUCCUUCCAUUAAGUAGGAAAGAAGAAGCUGAUGCUGCAAAGAGGUCCUUUGCUGGUGAUUCUUGCAGUGAUCACAUUGCGCUUCUCAAGGCAUUUGAAGGAUGGAAGGAUGCAAAACGUAUGGGUAAUGACAGAUCUUUCUGUUGGGAAAACUUCUUAUCGCCAGUAACCCUGCAAAUGAUGGAUGAUAUGAGGAUGCAGUUUCUGGACCUCUUGUCUGGUAUUGGAUUUGUUGACAAAUCCAGAGGCCCUAAGGCUUAUAAUCAAUAUAGCAACGAUAUGGAGAUGGUAUCUGCAAUCCUAUGUGCUGGGCUGUACCCGAAUGUGGUCCAGUGCAAAAGGAGAGGAAAACGGACAGCAUUCUACACAAAAGAUGUUGGAAAAGUUGAUAUCCACCCUGCUUCUGUUAAUUCGGGGGUUCACCUUUUUCCUCUUCCUUACUUGAUCUAUAGUGAAAAGGUGAAAUCCUCGAGCAUAUUCGUAAGAGAUUCAACAAAUAUAUCGGAUUACACCCUACUCAUGUUCGGUGGUAGUCUUGUUCCUAGCAAAACUGAUGAAUCUGGUGGUAUCGAGAUGUUAGGGGGGUACCUACAUUUUUCUGCUUCAAAGAGCGUAUUAGAAUUGAUAAGGAAACUGAGAGGGGAACUUGACAAGCUUUUGAAAAGGAAGAUUGAAGAACCUGGGUUGGACAUUUCAGUGGAAUGUAAGGGAGUUGUGGCUGCAGUGGUUGAGCUAAUGCAUAGUCAUAAUAAUGUCAGGUAUUGAGAUUUCGUGUUAUUUCUGUGUUGAAUAGAAAGUGUGUUCUCUAACCUAAUAUUGAGUUAUUUACAUGUACACUAGCUGAUAGACCUAUCAUAGGAUAUUCACUUAUUUUGGAUUUUGAGUUUGAAUUUAGUAUUUCUAUAAUAAGCUCAUUU